AUGAGGGUACUGAGGUCCGAUGUCGGUGCAGGAAGGUCGUUGUUGGCGUUGCUCAGGCUGGCGGUCGUUGAGUCUCUUCUUCCCAGCUGCACCGUCCACGAAGGCCCCCCCAGCUGCCACUCCCGAAGGAAGUACAAGAUUCCCAAUCAAAGCUGCGUCUUAGGGUUCUUCUAGCGGAGGAUGAUGAAUGGCGCUCCCUUACCGCAACAACUGAAUCCCGAGCUGCGACUGCGAGGAUGUCGGCACAGGAGACGACUUGAGGGCAGACGCUCUCCACCUGGGACUUAAUAGAGUCGACCACGUCGAAGCCACGCAAGGACAUGUCAUUGGGUCCUGCAGUCUUCUCUCCCGUGAAGCUGGCCGUGUCAUCAAGGAGAACGGAUCCAUCGCAGCCCUGCCAUCGAGAAGGAUCUCCAGUCACUAAACUUCUAUGUGCUAUCAGUCAAUGGGAAACACAGAUGAAAUCCCCCUUAUCUCCCCGUUGUAACGGUAGUUCGUCAAUUUCAAAGCACAAACGGUAAAUUAAAAAAAGGGCACCCUUAGUCAACAUUUUCCAGAUUCUUAAUGUAAAAAAAUCGAAAAACAUGGGUGAAUACACAGCUAAACAACUCUUCAGACAGGGUUCACCACUAGUAAUGAUACCCACGGAACCCUCAACGACUAGUUUCUAUCAGAUUUUUUUCUCAAACCUUGAAGAGCCCAUCCCACGCUUAAUGUCAUGAUUUAGUCGCACUGGGCUUGGGUUCAAACCUGGAGCCCUAAAAAAGGAAGAAGGGUAAGGGAGAGGAACGGGCAGGCUUUCCGUGUUGUCUCCGUUGUUAUAGCAUGCUAUGAGCUACAUGAUGCACUCUAUAAUUUAAACCAGAGACUCUUCUAGGGAGAGGACUUGCAUUCACAAAGCAGUCGUGGAAGUGGAGGCGAAGCAGUGAGGCCCCCAUGCGGUGUUCCUUGGCCACUGCAGCCCUGACUGCAGAUCGGAUCGUAGAAAGAGCCUUGGGGCAGGAGGAGUCGUAGUAAGUUGAAGACAGUUGACCUGAGGCUAAAGAGAGGAAGAAGACAAAGAAGACGAAGCAUAACUCAAGGUUAUCACGGACGCCAUUGACGGAAGCCAUGGCCAAAGAAGUGCUUGAGGAGGAGAGAGCAUAGGCGCAACAUGAACCGUCGAGCGACAUGUAUUUAUAUAAGGUGCAAACGUUGCCUUCUGGCUGGCCUAUCACUGCUAGCCGCCUCGAUCCUCCUACUAAGCCAAAACCUCGCCUCCGUCGUCAAAGCUUGCGAGAUACAAGAAUGGAAGGUGGGGCUCGUCCAUCCUGGCCACAGGAUAAUGAUAGCGGACGCCUAAUCCCGCCAACCCCCACCAUGAGGAGAUCCGGAGAACGGUGGAGACCUAGUGGAGGCCACGAGAAAGAUGGACUCCAUGAGUCCAUAUUCCUUACGUAAGCAGACCUCAUUGGUAUCAGAAGAGAGAAGAGACUAGGUGGUGUUGUGGAUAG